CGCCAUUGUUGCUACUGCUAAAGACCUCAGUAAAAUCCUACUGGGGCUGAAACUUACGAUCAUUCUGUCUUGCCGAUCACGAUCGGCUAAACAUACCUGCCAGAACAACGCUGUGAUAUAGAGGACAUUAACCAUGGCUGCUUCUAGGUAUUACAGUUAUUAUGACAGUGAAAGUGAUAGCGGGGAUGAAUACGAACAGUACGAUCAUGAUUAUGACAUGCCUAUAAUGAGGCCUCAGAAAAAAUUUAUCAACAAAGGAAGAUGGACAAAAGAGGAGGAUGAGAGGUUAAAGCAAUAUGUAGAUACCAAUGGCACAGACAACUGGAAGUUGAUCGCUAGUUUUUUCAGCGACCGGACUGACGUACAGUGUUUACAUAGAUGGCAGAAAGUUCUUAAUCCAGAGCUUAUCAAAGGACCCUGGACGAAAGAGGAAGAUGAAAAAGUGAUUGAACUUGUGAGUAAAUAUGGGCCGAAAAGAUGGUCAUUGAUUGCCAAGCAUUUAAGGGGACGCAUUGGAAAACAGUGCAGAGAAAGGUGGCAUAAUCACCUUAAUCCAGACAUCAAGAAAUGUGCCUGGAGUGAGGAGGAAGACCGUAUCAUUUACGAAGCACAUAAACGCCUUGGAAACAGAUGGGCGGAAAUCGCUAAACUUUUACCCGGAAGAACUGAUAACGCCAUCAAGAACCACUGGAAUUCUACCAUGAGAAGGAAGGUGGAAGCGGGUGAGAAACCAUUUGGUGAUGUCUCACCAAAACCCAACAAGCUUCAACAGCACGAGCAUGAUUACCAAGACUAUGAUUAUGAACCUGACUUUGAACCACAACAAGUUCAACACCACCAUCACCAUCAAGAGCAGUAUUCAAGAUAUCAACAUCUCAAUAACAACAAUUCUUUACAGUCGCAUAAUAAUCAGAUUCACCAUUCACAGAACACGCAGUAUUACCAGUAUGAUUCAGAUCACUAUGAUGCAAGAGAUGGAUACGAGAAAAAUAAACGCAAAGACUACCAGCCGGCAAGAAUGCAGAACCAGCAUGUUGUUAAUGAAGGAGAGAGCCCAAUGAGAUGGAUAGUUAUGGAUGGAGAUCAUCUGUCACCGUUUAGAGGUGCAAAUAUUCCUGACAUGCCAGAGAGUACCCAACUUCUAGAGCAGGGCAACGCAUCUAAUUUAAGUACAUAUGAAUUGUUGACGGGUACUUCGGAUAGAAAUCCUGGAGCCACACCAACGCAGUUUACAAAAUUACAAAGAAAAGGAGUGACAGGUUAUCGUUUUGACAGUCAUGCCAUCUCAUCACUAUCGAAAGAUGUUUCAGGGUCACUAAUACCGAUUACAUCACCGGUGACAUCUAGAUUUAGUUCACCGCCAAGCAUAUUGAGAAGAAGUCGAAAAAGAAGACAUCAUCAACACAUGCAAGAUUUAGACGAUUCAAUAACACAAAGGACAGACAGGUAUCAACAUCUCAACACAGCAUACAUGAAAGAAGAACAUGAGGACGAGCCGCAGCCCCUUCCACAGACUAUUCCCUGCUCACCUAAAAACACACCAAUUAAACCUUUGCCAUUCUCACCAUCUCAGUUCCUGAACAGCCCUGGCUUGCCCAAUGAUCGAGGAAUCAGUCUAACUUCCACUCCAGUAUCUAACCUCCAUAUCAAUAAUAUAUUAUCUACUCCUGUAACGAUGCCAAUAAAUGAAACUUCAGCAAACAAAGAAAACAAGGAGACUGUAUUCAGAACGCCUAGAAUUCGACGUGCAUUGCUGGAUACCACGCCCAGGACGCCAACCCCACUUAAAGACGCGCUUGCGAUAUUGGAAAAGAAAAAUGGUCCAUUGAAACAGUUGCCGCAGACGCCAAGUCAUCUGGAGGACCUAAGUGAAAUUAUACAGAAAGACGAGUUAUCGUCCGGUAUAGCAGGUGACAUCAGUAGUUUCUGUUCACCAUCGAAACAUAUAAAACUAGAGAAUGGGGGUGACACUCCGUCAAAGAAAGCCAGGAAGUCGCUGAGUCAUCAAUGGAGUCCUUUAUUCAGCCCUGAGCCAGCGUCGAUGCCUGAUACACCUAACAAGAGCCUGCUAAGUGAUGGCUCUAUGCUGAUGUCAUCCAACUAUGGUUCUCAGCCCUGUUACACUUCCACAUCCUUCAACAAAGCCUUCAUGGUGCCCGGUUCACCGAAUGCAUCACAGAAGAUGAAAUUAAAGACUGAAGACAGACAUGUGCGAUUUCAGGAGACUCCCUGUAAACCCCUUGCACAGCUUGAUGCGGCUUGGGAAACUGUUGCGUGUGGCAAGACAGAGGACCAAAAAUUACUGACGGAGCAAGCACAUCGUUAUAUGAACCAGUGUAAACCUAGAUCACUGGUGUUGUGA